AAGCAUUAGACAGGAGAUGGAACGGCAAAGGAUAGCCGAGCAAAGGAGAUCUCAAGCAGUUCACAUAUAUUCAAAGCUCCGAAGCACUCGUGCUACAGCCAUUCGAGCAACUCAGCCAAUGAGCAUUUCAAAGUUUGAAGACUUCGACUUUUUGGCAAAAUACUGCAUCUUCAGCCAGGAGAAUUUGGCUGAGUAUAAAAGGGCUUUUGAAGCGGUGGAUAGUGAUCAAGAUGGUUAUUUAGACUGUCUCCAAGUUCUUAUGGCUUUAAAAGAAAUCGUUCCACCUCAUGUGUUAAGUGAUGCUGAAGAACUCUAUGUAUAUCGGAUUUUAGAGAUUGUGGACUAUUAUGUAACAGAUGGCCUAACAGACCUACGCCUCUUUGCUGUGAUGGCUAGCUUGGCGCAGAAAAUAGCAGCACUAGACUCCUUCAUGAGAUCAUUAAUUGACCAUAUGGACUUUAAGGCCUUGGAACUGAAAAUGUACAAAGCUAAGCAACUCUUUCUUUGCAAUAUUGAUGAGGAAAGCAAAAUUAUCAAUGUGGGUCAGCUGCUGGUUGAGUUGAAGGCUGGUGGAAUUAGCCAAGAACACGAAGAAGCUGCUCAGUUGCAACUAAGACACAUCAAGAAACUUGACAUUCUGGAUUUCCUUACAUAUUUACCACUAUUUGUCCUUAUACAUAACUCUGUAAUAUCCAACCCCUUGGAUGACUCCAGAACAAUCUGAAAUAUUUGAU